CGCAUCAGUCGCAAUCUUUACCGGUUUCAGACGUAUUGCCACCUGUUUGGAGACAGGAAUAGUCCUCCCUUUGAUUCAGAUGUAAGCCAGCAGAGAAAAUACUUUGCUCGCUUUGCCCCGUGGGAGAAUGAACAACCUUGCUUGCAUCUAUGAUUAUUUAUUCGAAAUUCUUGAUUCAGGAGGUGGGAGAGAGUGAUCCAGACUGGGUCCACUUCCUUGCAGUCGUGAGCAAUGCAUCAGAUAGAGGGUGUCAACAGUAUCAUAUGUCCCUCGGCCUCAACCAUAUUCGUCAUUUUGCGGAAGCAAAAACCCCCGAAGCACGCCGUAAUCUCCUUUCCCGCGAUGCUGCUAAAGACAGCCAUCCGUUUUUCCUCACUGAAGGUCUAAGAGAAUCUGCAUUUUUAGGAUGGCUUCCUCUGGCAGAACUUGAGCCCGGCGAUGAAGAAGAAUUCAUUCCCAAACCGUGUUAUCCGGAUCCCGAUCAUGGACCGGAAAUUGUGUGGCGCUGGGCACACCAUUGGCAGCCGAGUAGUGAAUUCAUCUUCUCUCCUUCCCAGGCACCGCUACGACGAUGGGCGUAUGUGAUGUGGGACCAAAGCCGGCUUAAUGAUUGGGAGGUGAUGGAGAAGCCCUGGGAAUAUGUCGAUAGAAAGGAAUGCGACAAGUUGGAACAAGCCCGGGUGUGCGAGGAGGAGAUGAUGUAUGAGACGCGGGCACAUGUCAUGAGAAAACAGGGGAGGGUCCAUUUCGCAUUUCUUUGAUAUAGUUGAGCAUGACUAGCCUAAACGUCCUCUCCACCUUGAAGCAUGAAUCAUGUCCUUUCUGGUUUAGUGGGGCACCGACAUUAUUAA